AGUAUACUCAAUUCAAAGUUAUAUUAAAAAAUGACACAAGAAGGUUCAAGAUGGAGAACUGUACCGAUACCUUAUUUGGUAUUAUGUUUAAUAUGUUACUUGAAAGGAUGCUUCGGGGAUGCAGAAAAGGAAGGUGUGGUCAUAGCUGCUGAUGCCGAAUGUAGACAAAUUGGAAGUGAUUUUCUGAACAUAAAGAAAGGAUCCGCAAUUGAUGCUACAAUUGCAACAAUGUUAUGCCUGGGAGUGAAGAUGCCUCAUGCUAUGGGAAUAGGAGGAGGCUUCAACAUGGUUGUGUAUGACCGUAAGUCUGAACGAGCAGAACACAUAGAUGCCAGAGAAGUGUCACCCAUGGCAACAGACACAGACUUAUUCAACAGAACAGACUUUUGGAUCCAUCCAAUGCGUUUACCAAUGAUAAGAAUGGGACUCCUAUCAAUAGCUAUUCCUGGAGAGUUAGCUGGGUACUGGACUGCUCAUCAGAGGCACGGGAAGCUUCCCUGGU